AUGGAUGACAUGUCGGUCAACCCUGCCACCGCGUUGGACAAUGCCCAGUCUGCGACUGGCUCAGAUGCUGCCGCAGAAGCAUCUCACGCCGCCAGUGGCUCCGAGGCGCAAUCGCGCCAGGAGUCACCCGUGAAGAAGGCUGAGAACCCCACUGGAUCUGAUAACCCCCUCGAUGCUCCGGCCUCUCCUAAACCCCAAAACGGCAACACCGAGCCAGAGGAUGAGGAGAUGGGUGGCACCGAGACGGACGCAAAGCGCGAUACUGAGGGGUUGGAGGAUGCCGCGGGAGAGUCACAGCCCCCCGCUGAUGCCACUGAGGGUCUUGAAGAUGCCGUGGGUGAAGAUCAGCCGGCACCGACCAAGUCAUCUUUGGAAGCCUCUGCCCGUGACCACCUGCUGGCCCAAACACACGCCAUCAUCCUUCCCAGCUAUGCUAGCUGGUUUGACAUGAGCACCGUCAACAGAAUUGAAAAGAAAGCUGUUGAAGAGUUCUUCAACGGCCGGAACCGCAGCAAGACUCCCGCCACAUACAAGGAUUACCGUGAUUUCAUGAUCAACACCUACCGGUUGAACCCCAUUGAAUAUUUAACAGUGACUGCUUGCCGUCGCAACCUUGCCGGUGAUGUUUGCGCGAUUAUGCGCAUUCAUUCGUUCCUAGAGCAAUGGGGUUUGAUUAAUUACCAAGUCGAUCCUCAAUCCCGACCAUCCAGCAUUGGCCCCCCAUUCACUGGCCAUUUCCGUAUUGUUGCCGACACCCCUCGUGGCUUGCAACCUUUCCAGCCCGGUCCACAACCCGUUGUUUCUUCUGGCAAAGCCCUCCCAGCAACUGAACGCGCUGCCUCCGCUACUCCCGCCAUUAAGACAGAUCUUGAUCUCCGCCGCAAUGUCUACGACAAUAAGGGCAAGGACGUUACUCCAUUUUCGGACAAGGAGAAGCAAACUAAUGGUGCUACAAAUGGAACCGAGACUCAAGAGCCUCGGAAGAAGUCACACUGCUUUUCCUGCGGUAUUGAUUGUACUCGACUCCGAUUCCAUUACGCCAAGGCAUCCCCAACCUCAGCAAAUGCAAACGCCCCGAACACCAAAUACGACAUGUGCCCUAACUGCUUCCUUGAAGCCCGUAUGCCUUCUAGCCAUAACGCCUCGGACUUUGUCAAGCUGGAGGACAAGGGACACUCCCACGUGGCCGAUAAGGAUGCGCCCUGGUCGGAUUCAGAGCUACUUUUGCUUCUGGAGGCCCUAGAAAGCUUUGAUGAUAACUGGGAGCAGAUUGCUAACCAUGUUGGUACUCGCACCAGCGAGGAGUGUGUGAUGCAAUUUUUGCAACUCGAGAUCGAGGACAAGUAUGUCGAAGACUUGCCCGAGCUUCGCUCUGGCCCCGGCAGGGAGCCAAUCAGCGCAACAGAGAACCCGGUCCUUUCAGUUGUUGCAUUCCUGGCGCAGAUGGCGGAUCCCGCAGUGGCUGCUGCCGCCGCCGGCCGUACAGUCGAGGAGAUCCGGAAGGAGUUGCGCAACCAACUGGAGAAGGGUGAUAGGAAGGGCAAGGAGUCAGUCAAGGCCGAAGACUCGAUGGAUGUGGAUAUUGUUCGCCAAGCUGAGAAGCCCAAGGAGUCACUUGCCACUGUGACUCUGGCAGCUUCAGCUGCUCGCGCUAGUGCCCUUGCCUCACAUGAAGAGCGUGAAAUGACUCGUUUGGUUGGGGCUGCAGUUAACGUGACCUUGCAAAAGUUCGAGAUCAAGCUGCAGCAGUUCAACGAGAUGGAGGAAGUCAUUGAGGUUGAACGUCGAGAACUGGAACAGGCUCGUCAACAGCUCUUCCUGGACCGCAUGGCUUUCAAGAAGCGCGUCAAGGAGGCACAGGAUGCUUUGCAGGCUGUUAGCCUUCAGGGUCCCAGCGAACACACCAACACCAUGCUCGCAGGUGCCGCCACUGCUGGUAUUGGAAACCACUACAGCUUCCAACCUGUUGGUGGAGACGCGCGCGCUGGAGCUCAACCAUUGAGCGCCGAGGCUGGCGCUGAUUUCAAAACUCUCGACCUGUAA